UUUUAAUUUCGGUGUCUUUUUCUCCCUCUCUUCCUCCGCUACUCUCUCCCCAAACCGCCCCCUCCCCCCCCGGGGUAUCGCAUCUAAUUUCAUAGACGUCAAAGUCUCACCAGGUUGAGAAGUCCAUAGGCACAAAGACUGCAAAAAUAAGAAAGAAAGUGAAAUUAUAUAUUGUAGAAAGCGAGAGAGAGAGAGAGUGAGUGAUAGGCAGAUGUUGCGGUCGUGUUGCAGACCAUUGGAGCGAUGCUUCGGCCGGAGAGGAGGCGACGGCCUCUUAUGGCACAUGGACUUGAAACCUCACGCCUCCGGUGACUUCUCGAUCGCCGUCGUUCAAGCUAAUUCACACCUCGAAGACCAAAGCCAAGUCUUCACCUCUCCCUCCACCACCUACGUUGGCGUCUAUGAUGGCCACGGUGGCCCUGAAGCCUCUCGUUUCAUUAACGGCCACCUCUUCCACCACCUCCACAAGUUUGCGACGGAACAAGGGGGACUGUCUGCUGAUGUUAUAAAAAAGGCUUUUAAUGCGACUGAGGAGGAGUUCUUGCAUUUGGUGAAGCGAACAUGGCCGGCACAGCCACAGAUUGCUUCAGUUGGUUCGUGUUGUUUGGUUGGGGCUAUUUCGAAUGAUAUGUUGUAUGUAGCGAAUCUUGGGGACUCCAGGGCUGUUCUUGGCCGCAGAGUGUCUGAGGGCCGGAGGAAUCCGGUGGUGGCCGAACGGUUAUCGACCGACCAUAAUGUUGCCGUCGAGGAGGUCAGGAAGGAGGUUGAAGCGCUUCAUCCUGAUGAUUCGCAUAUUGUCGUGUAUACUCGGGGAGUUUGGCGUAUAAAAGGCAUAAUUCAGGUAUCAAGAUCUAUUGGAGAUAUCUUUCUUAAGAAACCUGAGUUCAAUAGGGAUCCUCUCUUCCACCAAUUUGGAUCGCCUGUUCCACUAAAACGACCGGUGAUGACAGCAGAACCUUCAAUCCAGAUUCGAAAACUAAAGCCACAGGACUUAUUCUUGAUAUUUGCAUCAGAUGGACUGUGGGAGCAACUAAGUGAUGAAGCAGCUGUAGAGAUUGUCUUUAAAAAUCCAAGAGUCGGCAUAGCAAAGAGGUUGGUAAGAGCUGCUCUCAGAGAGGCUGCAAGGAAGAGGGAAAUGAGAUACGAUGAUAUUAAAGGGAUAGAGAAAGGGAUGAGGCGGCAUUUCCAUGAUGACAUUACGGUAAUCGUAAUCUAUCUUGAUCACCAUCAAAAUUCUUCCACUGGUAGAUUCAAGGAGCAAUGCACUAUUGAUUGCACUACUGCCCCUGUUGAUAUCUUCUCUCUCAACUCAAGACAGACACAGCAGGAUUGAAGCACACUACUUCCUGAAUCAACAUGCCCAGAAUGGUUACAUGUUGAUUUUCUUGUGAAUAAGAAUAAUAACUAUAGUGUAGAAUAUAUACAUAGGGAUGUCAAAUGCGAGACAACAAUGAGAUUAUGGAUAAAAAUACAGCGAAGAUGGUGUACAUAAUCGAGUCGAGUUGGAACUUUGAUUAGUCCAAAUUAGCAUCUAUUUCACCCACAUUCUGAGUUCUGAGUCUUCUGAUGACAAUUAUUUCACUUCCAUGUUUCUCUUCGUUUACGGUCUGUCCUGUCGUGCUUGCCUUCUGGCUGAAUUUUUUUCCCCAGAGAAUGAAUUUGAACUUGGAAGGAAGGCAUGAUGAAUCUCAAAAUGCAGACCAACAAGGAGCCCACCAUUUUGCAGUCUACUGCCAUGUUUAUUCUAGUACGAGUUUUGUUUAUGGUCAGCUGGGUAUUUGUUUCUGGUUGUUGCAAGCUCGAUUGAGUGAAUUGUAAGGGUAGAUUGCUUGAUUGAAACCAUUUACUCA